AUGGGUUCUAUGUACAGAGCCUCUAAAACCCUAAAAUCGUCAAGACAAGCAUGCUCACUCUUGUUCAAUUCACUCAAAUCCAAUCAACGAGAUCCUCUAUGUAUCGGUUUAUACCAAGCUUACGGUUUCAGCUCUGAUUCUAGACAAAAACCCAGAGAAACCCUCAUUGAUUUGACUCAGUUUCCUUCCGAAAAGAUCCGAAAUUUCUCCAUCAUUGCUCAUAUUGAUCAUGGGAAAUCUACUUUGGCCGAUCGUCUCAUGGAACUUACUGGUACCAUCAAGAAAGGCCAUGGUCAGCCUCAGUAUCUCGACAAGUUACAGGUAGAGAGGGAGAGAGGAAUAACUGUAAAAGCUCAGACGGCGACAAUGUUCUAUGAAAACAUUGUAAAGGAUCAAGUACCGAGCGGUUUUCUUCUAAACCUAAUUGAUACACCAGGUCAUGUUGAUUUUAGCUAUGAGGUCUCUAGAUCUUUAUCUGCUUGUCAAGGAGCUCUUUUGGUUGUUGAUGCGGCUCAAGGUGUUCAAGCACAAACGGUGGCCAAUUUUUACUUAGCAUUCGAGUCUAACCUCACUAUUGUACCUGUGAUUAACAAGAUUGAUCAACCAACAGCUGAUCCUGACCGUGUUAAAGCUCAAUUAAAGUCGAUGUUUGAUCUUGACGCAGAUGAUGUCCUUCUAGUCUCUGCGAAAACCGGUUUGGGGCUUGAGCAUGUCCUUCCUGCGGUUAUAGAACGUAUACCUCCUCCUCCUGGAAUCAGUGACUCGCCUCUACGGAUGCUUUUGUUUGAUUCCUUUUUUAAUGAGUACAAAGGUGUCAUUUGCUAUGUUUCUGUUGUUGAUGGAAUGCUGAGUAAAGGGGAUAAGGUCUCCUUCGCUGCGUCGGGUCAAUCUUAUGAAGUGUUGGAUGUCGGGAUUAUGCAUCCUGAACUUACUUCUACAGGAAUGCUUCUUACAGGACAAGUUGGUUAUAUAGUAACCGGCAUGCGAACCACGAAAGAGGCACGUAUUGGAGACACAAUUUAUAGAACAAAAACUACUGUGGCGCCUCUUCCAGGUUUCAAGCCAGUGAGGCAUAUGGUGUUCUCGGGCGUGUAUCCUGCUGAUGGAUCUGAUUUUGAAGCACUUAGUCAUGCCAUGGAGAAAUUGACAUGCAACGAUUCAAGUGUCUCAGUGGCUAAGGAAACAAGCACAGCUCUUGGAAUUGGAUUUAGAUGUGGUUUCCUCGGUCUGCUUCACAUGGAUGUAUUUCAUCAGCGGCUUGAACAAGAAUACGGUACACAAGUGAUCUCCACAAUCCCUACUGUUCCUUACACGUUCGAAUAUUCAGACGGAAGCAAGUUACAAGUGCAGAAUCCAGCUGCCUUACCUUCAAACCCCAAAUACCGAGUCACAUCUUCUUGGGAGCCAACGGUAAUCGCUACAAUUAUCCUUCCGAGUGAGUACGUAGGAGCUGUUAUCAACCUCUGCUCUGAUCGAAGAGGUCAGCAACUAGAAUACACAUUUAUAGACGAACAACGGGUUCUCUUGAAAUAUCAGUUACCGUUGAGGGAGAUAGUCGUGGAUUUCUAUGAUGAAUUGAAAAGCAUGACAUCGGGUUAUGCUUCUUUUGACUACGAGGAUGCAGAGUACCAGAAAUCUGAUCUGGUGAAACUCGAUAUCCUCUUGAACGGACAAGCAGUUGAUGCAUUAGCCACGAUUGUUCACAGCCAGAAAGCAUAUCGUGUUGGUAAAGAACUAGUUGAGAAACUUAAGAACUACAUAGAGAGACAAAUGUUUGAAGUGAUGAUACAAGCUGCUAUUGGUUCAAAGAUCAUUGCAAGAGACACAAUCUCGGCUAUGAGAAAGAAUGUUCUUGCGAAAUGCUACGGAGGAGACAUAACUCGGAAGAAGAAGCUUCUUGAGAAACAGAAAGAAGGGAAGAAACGAAUGAAGCGAGUCGGUUCUGUUGAUAUACCACAUGAGGCUUUUCAACAAAUACUCAAAGUCUCUUAG